UCGUUCAGAGAAAGAAGGAACAUCCAAUGCUCAUGUAAUAACGACAAAGUUGUUUACAAUGCAGGCGUCAUGUAAAGUGAACUGUGUGGCACCUUACAUUUUAUCUCUGUUUUUCAAGUUCAAGGCUCUGUUGGAAAUCUAACAUUUUUUGCAUCGUUGUAUCCGGAUCCACUUUGUGUUUAGUUUUAACCUCAUCACGGUGCUACAGUAGCAAGCCCGUCCGCACUAGCUACGUUACGUAGACGCGAUGGCGGAGGUGUCUGUCUCCGGAGCUGGCUCCGAUGUAAACACAGUCAGUCUGACAGCGACAGCUAUGGCAUAUUUACAAGACGAGAUGAAGCCUGACGGAGAUGGCAUUUCUCCUCUCAAUCUGGGCGAUCUGGACUUGACAACGGACGAGUUCAUCUUGGACGAAGUUGACAUUCACAUCCAGGCCAAUCUGGAAGAUGACCUAGUGAAAGAAGCUCUGAAAACGGGAGUUGAUCUCAGGCAGUACUCUAAACAAGUUCAAGCUGAACUUCAGCGAAUUGAACAGGCUUCCAUCAAAGACUAUAUAAAGGAGAGUCAAAACAUUGCUUCUCUGCACAACCAGAUCACUGCUUGUGACUCUAUACUGGAGCGUAUGGAGGGCAUGCUGAGUGGUUUCCAGAGCGACCUGUCCUCCAUCAGCAGUGAGAUCCAGACGCUGCAGCAGCAGUCGGUCAGCAUGAACCUGCGUCUGAGGAACAGGCAGGCUGUCCGCAGCCACCUCAGCCAGCUGGUGGACGAGCUGGUGGUGCCCGGGGCCAUGAUCUCGAUCAUCCUGGAGACGCCGGUCACGGAGCAGGAGUUCUUGGAGCAGCUCCACGAGCUCAACAACAAGAUCAACUUCGCCAAGGAGCUCAGCUUCAGGGAGACUCUGGCCUGCUCUGACAUCCAGGACAUAGUGGACCGCCUGAAGAUCAAGGCCGUCACCAAGAUCCGAGAGUUCAUUCUGCAGAAGAUCUAUGCCUUUCGGAAGCCCAUGACCAACUACCAGAUACCCCAGAACACCCUUCUCAAGUACAGGUUCUUUUACCAGUUCCUCCUGGCCAAUGAGAGGACUGUUGCUAAGGAGAUCAGGGACGAGUACGUGGACACCAUGAGCAAGAUCUACUACAGCUACUUCAAGUCCUACAGCGGCAGGCUUCUCAAAGUACAGUAUGAAGAAGUAGCAGACAAAGAUGAUUUGAUGGGGGUGGAGGACACAGCCAAGAAAGCAGGUUUCUUCUCCAAGCCGUCUCUGAAGAGCAGGAACACCAUCUUCACCCUCGGCCAGCGGGGGGCGGUGCUGAGCCCCGCCGAGCUGGAGGGACCCAUCCUCAUCCCUCACACCGCCCAGAGAGGAGACAGCAGGUACCCGUACGAGACGCUGUUCCGCAGCCAGCACUACGCCCUCCUGGACAACGGCUGCAGGGAGUUCCUCUUCCUGUCUGACUUCUUCAUGGUGACAGGAAACUCGGCCUUCGACCUGUUCAACAGCAUCAUGGGAAAGACCCUCGGCAUGUUCCUGAAGAGCAUGUCUACCUAUGUGUCAGACUGCUAUGACAGCAUAGCUGUGUUCCUGUGUAUCCACAUCAUCCUGCGCUUCAGAGCCAUCACCGUCAAGAGGAACAUCCCCGCCCUCGACAAGUACUGGGAGGCGGUUCUGGAGCUGCUGUGGCCCAGGUUUGAGCUCAUCCUGGAGAUGAACAUCCAGAGCAUCCGCAACACCGACCCCCAGAAACUAGGAGUACUGGACACCAGACCUCACUACAUCACGCGGAGGUACGCAGAGUUCUCCUCAGCAAUCGUCAGCAUCAACCAGACGUUCCCCAACGAGAGGACACACACACUGCUGGGACAGCUGCAGGUGGAGGUGGAGAACUUUGUCCUGAAGAUGGCAGCAGAGUUUCCCUCUCGGCGAGACCAGCUCAUCUUCCUCAUCAACAACUACGACAUGUUGCUCAGCGUGCUCAUGGAGCGAGCAGUGGAUGACAGUAAGGAAGUGGAGGGCUUUCAGCAGCUGCUACUAGCCAGAACACAGGAGUUCAUCGAAGAGAUCCUGUCGCCUCCCUUCGGAGGGAUGAUCGCCUUCGUGAAGGAGAGCGAGGCUCUGAUGGAGAAAGGCCAGCUGGACAGGCUGAAGAAUGACGAGGCUCGUAUCACCCAGCUCAUCAGGGGUUUCUCCAGCACCUGGAAGCAGUCUGUGGAGGCUCUGAGCCAGGAGGUCAUGAGGUCAUUCACCAACUUCAAGAACGGCACCAGCAUCAUCCAGGGGGCGCUCACCCAGUUGAUCCAGUACUACCACGGCUUCCACAAGGUGCUGUCCCAACCCGCCUUCCGCAGCCUGGCGGCACGCUCCGAGCUCAUCAACCUGCACCACCUCAUGGUGGAGGUGAAAAAGCACAAGCCCAACUUCUAACCGCGUAGCUUUUCGAAACGUCUCGCUUCCGGAACUGUCCGGACAGAAGUUCUUUCAAACACGGGGUCUGGGCUGUUCUCUCUGGAGUGCAAAGUGUGUCUGUGGGGCGGGGUUAGGACACGGAGAAUCCUCUCAUUCAGUUGGGUCUGGGUGGGUUGAGAUCCAGACCCUCUCGUGUAUCCUGCGUGGGGAUAGGUGGAGCAGGAUUGGACAGGCAGACAGGGGAGCCAAGUCGUGUGUGUGUGAAGUACACCUCCAUUCUUGGCGGAACAUCGCUGGCAAUGUUGCGUUCAUGUCAUGUGUAGGGAGGGGUAUGUAUGUUUCUGGUUGAGGUGUGAUACAUGCACACACACAGUUGGUGAAACGCACGAGGACACACAUACGUACUCACACACGGAACAAACGCAUUGAAACACCCGUGCACACUCAAACAUCGAAAAACACGCCCUCAAACACAGAAACACACAUACGCAUACACAUAGGAAACAUACUCAAAUACACUCACUGAAACACACGUGCGCGCCUACCGGUUUGCCGGGAUAUAGACUGGAAUUCUGCUGUUUAAUGUAUGCCUGCUCACUGUGUAUCCUGUCCACGCUCUGUACAUUGCUGCUCUGUUAUGAACGUAGUCCAGUUACUAAGUGAGACUGAUGUAGUCAUCGGGUAGUCAUUAACAUGUAUCACACAUCCCUGCCUGUACCAUAAUGCAUUUCUUUAUUGAAUGAAAUUAAAUACAUAAAUAAUUAGAA